AAAAUUUGGCAUUACUUAACUGUACAAUCUUCAACUUCCGCAUCCAUUCCCCCCACAAAAAGCAGUUGUUCACACCAACUUUAUAUCUCUUACACCCAACUACUUAUACCCCUUCCCCUCCACCUUCUUCUUCCUGAUCAAACUCACUCUUCAGAUCAAAACCUCAUCUUUUCUUCCUCCCUUCAAACCAAACACUUCCCAUAGUUUUAUGGGUAUAAUCAUCACAGCCCAAACUAAUCAUCAUUUCAUCCUUUUCCUCUAUCCAACAUUACUCAUUUCAGCUAUAACUCCACCAACAAUCUAGAUUUUGAGCUUUGAAACACAGCCAUUUAAUUUAUUCUUCCAAUGUCCUCCUGUUGUUAUAAUCUACAUGUAUUUCUCAUCUUAUUUUUCAUGAUGAUGAUGAUCAAUUCUCGAGGAAUAUCAGGGACAACUUUUACUUUAAUAAAUAGGUGUAACCACGUAGUAUGGCCGGGGACAUUGGCCAAUGCCGGCAGCAACCCGUUAGACAGUACCGGAUUCGAACUUCAACCCGGUGAAUCCAGAUCUUUCGGAGUUCCAAACGGGUGGUCAGGCCGCGUAUGGGGUCGAACCGGUUGUGCAUUUGAUCCAACCACCAACCAAGGAAGCUGCGCCACCGGGGACUGCGGCUCUAACCAACUCGAAUGCAACGGCCGAGGCGCCACCCCUCCAGCCACCCUAGCGGAGUUCACGAUCGGGUCGGGCGCGUCAUCAUCACAGCAAGACUUUUACGACGUGAGCCUUGUGGAUGGGUACAACUUACCAAUGAUGGUGGAGGCGAAUGGCGGGUCGGGUGCUUGUGGGUCAACGGGUUGCAGUACCGAUUUGAACCGGAUGUGCCCGAAUGAGUUGCGGGGCGGGGCUGGGCAGUCGUGCCGGAGCGCAUGCGAGGCGUUCAACACGCCGGAAUAUUGCUGCAACGGCGACUUUGGUUCGCCCUCGACCUGCCGGCCGUCGGUGUAUUCGGAGAUGUUCAAGAGUGCUUGUCCCAAAGCUUACAGUUACGCUUACGAUGACGCCACCAGUACUUUUACGUGCACCGGAGCUGAUUAUAUCAUCACAUUCUGCCCUUCUGCCACAAGGUAACCACCACUGAUCUUUUUUUAAAAAGAAAUACAGUAAAAAAAAAUUUAAUUAAUAAAAGAAUCACAGUAAAUUUCAUAAUUGUAAUAUUAUCUCUAAAGUAAAAAACCGAAACUUUCUGCAUACAACAUGCAAUGUAGUGUUUUUUUUUUUUUUACUAAUAGAAAGCGAUUUAUUUUUAGACAUGAAAAUACCAAACAAUUAAACAUUUAAAUGUCACGUCAAAUGUCAUUCAUAUAUAUCUAGUUUCAUUCAUUGUAAAAGAUUAUAUUUCCAUAUAUUCUUAUUCCAUUUCCUGUUUAUCAUUUCUUUUUCUUUUACGCCCUCUCCGUUUGAGUUCAAUUUAUUUAUUAUGUUAUGUUGAAGCCAGGCAACGGGAUUCUAGCUAGUUUUAGAGAUGGAGAGAUUGUAGGAUCUUGAUUUUCUUGAGCACUACGAUUCAAGUUGAUCAAUUGGAACUUUGAAAUUAUCCUUUUAGUGAUGUAAUAUGCAUAUCGAACUUUACUUCUUUUUUUCUUUUUUUCUUUUUCCCACCCGCAAGAUAGUGAAACCUGGGUUGAUAAUAUCUUUCAAUGAAAAGUGUGUUUCAGAAAGAAUGGUAUAAGAUGAAUCUUGAGUGACAAUGAAAGCCUCAAUAACCUUCUUCUCUUUUUUUUCUUUUUUUUUUUUUUUUCCCUCCCCCAAUUGUUUUUAUGCUUGUAAGCUAGCCUCAAUAAUGAUUUAAUCAUUGUACUAUGUAAGUAAAAUCGUAGCAUUAUUUAUUUCUUGGCAAAUGACUUCAUUAAUCACUUACUGUCCUCCCAGCUGAUUUUGUAAUUUUUGUGGGAGUACUAUUUUGGAAUCUUGACAAAAUGUGGUGUCAAAAAAUCUCUGGUUCCAAGUGCAUGCAACCUUUUCUUUUUCUUUCUGAAUACAACUAGUAUCCAAAUUGCUUUUUCCACAGGGAUCGAAUUAAUUAGAGAUAACCUAAUUUACUUGCUUUAUAUCUCAUUAUCUUGUGAAAAAAAAAAAAAAAACAACAUCUCUCUUGAAAUUGGCAUCCAUCUUUGUGAAGUUUUUUCCCCCUUUUUUUUUCCAUAAAAAGAGAUACGGAUAAAUUACAUUUUUAACCAAAGAUGAGAGAUUUCUUUUCUGGAGACAACAUUUUUCUUCACUUUAUGUUCUUCUUAAGGCAAGAACCACCUUUGCCGUUUUCCUUAAUGGCCUUUUACUGUGUUUAUAUCCAAACAAAUGAGAUUUUCGUAUCACUUCCGAUACACCUUCAUCCGAAAAGUGAAUCAUAUUAAGUAGGACCUUUUUUUUUUUUUUUAGGACCAAAGAAAUUUGAGUUUGCUCCUUUGCCUAAAAAUUAGACUUAAAUGAAUUAUAUGAUAGAGUUCGACGGUUUAUAUUAUUCCUAUUUAGCUUUUAAAUCAAUAAAUGGUUAUAAUUUACGAGCAUUUUGGAUUAGGAGAAAUUGUGUAUUAAAUCCUUCCCCCUCCAAAAAAAAAAUAAGAAAAUAAAAUGAAAGAGUUACAACUAUAUCUGCUGCAUCAUGGAUUUAGUUUGAUUAUUUGCUUUUAUAAGAUGUUACAUUUUUG